AUGAGGCUCGUGACAGUGUAGACGGUUGGUGCAGUAGGGGAAGGAAAGUGGGGGACUGCUGUGACAAGGGAAGAAACACUCCUGUCACCCGUUCAAACAGCUAAAGGAGCAAUAGCCUUUGAUAUGAAGAGUGAGCGGGAGUCGCAACCAUCUGUACUGCGGGGCAACCGGGAGAGUAGAAGCAGCGAAAGUCAGAGCCGAGAGGGGGAUCUUGGGGGCCCAGUGACAAACAGCAGCAUCAAACCGAGGGACGAAAGGAAGGCGGCGCUCAGCAAGGUCCCUGUCAGAGGUCUUCUGAGCCUGUCAUACCUGAGAAGCAAUACCUGCCCUGCAGCCGAAGCUCCAAAGGUACAGGCUCAUGACAGAACACCACCUCAAAAGGAACCACUCUGUGGUUCAAGGAUGAUGUCUGUCAAGGUGACGUCUAUGAAAGUGAGAAACCAACUUAGGAGCAGAGAGGUUGGAAGAAGGCUCCCAAGAAUCUUCCUCCUCAUUAAAUCCAGACCAUCUUAUGAGAUACUGGAGUUCACCCUUAUGACGUAUGGAAUCGAGUAUUUGUUCAACUUCGUAUUCAACUUCAUCCACAAUAUCAGGCAGUGUGGUACCUGGCACCAGUUCCUCAGUAGGAACAAGACGAUAUGGCUUCAACAGAGCCACAUGAAUGGUGGGAUGAAUGUGAUAUUACAAACAAGUCUGCGGUACCGCCAUGGGGGCUACGUGUGCACCCACCUACGCCUGCCUACACCUGGGUCUUUGGGAGAACCAGGUGGUGUUUGGAGAUCUGGCCGCGUGGGUGGUCGCAAACGUGUCCCUGUGGAUCAGGACUACGAUCUCUCCGACUCUGUGGGAGAGUAUCCUUUAAUGACUGCACGGAGUGCAGGUCAGGAGUAUCCAGCUGUGGUUGAAUUUGCUCCCUUCCAAAAGAUUUCCAAAAAGAAACUGAAGAAAAAAGACACAAAGUCUGGAAGCAUUGUAGAAGAUCUUGAGUACAAGAAAUUUUUGGAGAACUACUGUGCAGAGGAGGAAAAAAUUUGUGCAAAUCCAGAGACUUUACUGGGAGAAAUUGAAGCAAAGACAAAGGAGCUUAUUGCCAGAAGAACAACACCACUGUUAGAAUUCAUAAAAAACAGAAAACUAGAGAAGCAGAGAAUACGGGAAGAAAAAAGAGAAGAGAGGAGGCGUCGGGAAUUGGAGAAAAAACGCAUAAGAGAGGAAGAGAAGAGAAAACGUAGGGAAGAAGAAAGGAGGAAGAGAAAAGAAGCAGACAAGCAAAAGAAAAUCAUUGAAAAGGAAAUACGAAUUAAGCUUCUCAAGAAACCUGAAAAAGGGGAUGAGGCUGUCAGUGAAAAGUGUGAGAAAAUAGAAGAGACUGAAGCUGAAGAAGCAAAAUGGGAAAAGUCACCUGUAUCUGCAAAUAUAAAAGUACGACCAUUUGAAAGCUUUGUCAAGGAACUCAAAGAAAA